GCUCCACAAGCUAUUCCAUUUUCGUCUCUCGCCUUAACAGCACCAUCGAAAAACUUUUUCGAUCCGAAACAAAAAUUUCGGUCGUUUUUACUCACGCAAGCAGUUUCAUUCGGUUUCAGUUGAAUUUUCUAUUGAAGAAAAAUGUGCUGUGGUCCCUGUGGAAGCGUUUCUUAUGCUCUGGCCUAUGGCCCGGUUGGUCCAGCUCUGCCUGCCAUGAACUACAACAAUUGCUGUUGCGGCCCUUGCCCGCCGUGUGGUCCUUGGACCUGUCCGCCCAAUAGAUGCUGCUGUUGCGGCGAAUGUGGGUGUUUUGGACCAUUCUACUAAUCCCCCUCUGGCCUCAUCUAAUCCUGGAUCGAACGAAUCGUUCACAUCAAAUUAUUGCCUGUGCUUGCGUGAGAGAGCG